AUGGAUACUGCUAUGGAAGCCAACCUGGGCGCUGCUGGCCACGGUCCCCGCACAGAGCUCGAUGAUGAGGACUACUACCCUCAGGGCAGCUGGGACACAGUCUUUCUGGUAGCAUUACUUCUCCUGGGACUGCCAGCCAAUGGGCUGAUGGCAUGGCUGGCUGGCUCGCAGGCCCGGCACGGGGCUGGCACGAGACUGGCUCUGCUCCUGCUCAGCCUGGCCCUCUCUGACUUCUUAUUCCUGGCAGCAGCAACUUUCCAAAUUCUGGAGAUCCAGCAUGGAGGGCACUGGCCACUGGGCACUGCUGCCUGCCGCUUCUACUACUUCCUAUGGGGUGUGUCCUACUCUUCCGGCCUCUUCCUAUUGACAGCCCUCAGCCUGGACCGAUGCUUGUUGGCGCUGUGCCCACGCUGGUACCCAGAGCGCCGCCCAACCCGCUUGCCCCUCUGGGUGUGUGCUGGGGUCUGGGUGCUGGCCACGCUAUUUAGUGUGCCCUGGUUGGUCUUCCCCGAGGCUACUGUUUGGUGGUACGACUUUGUCAUCUGCCUGGACUUCUGGGACAGUGAGGAGCUGCCUCUGCGGAUGCUUGAGAUCUUGGGGGGCUUCCUGCCCUUCCUCUUGCUGCUGGUCUGCCACAUGCUUACCCAAGCCGCUGCUUGCAGGACCUGUUGUGGGCACCAGCCUAGGCCUAUGGCCCGCCAAGGCUUUGCCCGUGUGGCCAAGACCAUUCUAUCAGCCUAUGUGGUUCUGAGGCUGCCCUACCAGCUCGCACAGUUGCUCUAUCUGGCUUUCUUAUGGGAUGUCUACCCUGGCUACCUGCUCUGGGAAGCCCUAGUCUAUUCUGACUACCUGAUUCUGCUCAACAGCUGCCUGAGCCCUUUCCUGUGUCUGGCAGCCAGUGCUGAUCUCCGAGCCCUGCUGCGCUCUGUGCUUUCCUCCUUUGCAGCUGCUGUCUGUGAGGAACAGCCUGGCAGCUUCAUGCCAGCUGAGCCGCAGACACAGGUGGCCUCUGUGGGCCUAACUCCACCAGGACCAACAGCUGAAGGCCAGCCACAGUUGGACACCCUGGUCCGGCCUCAGGUGAAUCCCUCAGUCCAGCCACAGUCAGAUUCUGUUGUCGAGCCUGAGGUGGACUCCCCGAUCCAGCCACCAUUGGAUCCUGUAGUUCAACUUGAGGUGAACCCUUUUACCCAGCCACAGUUGGAUCCCAUGGUUCAACCUCAAGUGAACCCUUCAGCCCAACCACAGUCAAAUUCUGUGGUCCAGACUCAAGUGGACUCCCUGACCCAGCCACAGUUGGAUCCUGUGGCCCAGCCACAGUCAAGCACAGAGGCCCAGACCCCUGCCUGUGGGGCUGAGUCAGCCUCUAACCCUGGUGAGGAAAGCACCCCCAGACCAUGCCCAGAUUCCGCGCCUGUAGCCCCCGAGAACCUAGACAGACCAGCUGUCCCUGAGGGAGAAAGCCAUAACAGUAUCCCACCAAAAGAGGGUCCCAACACAGGCCCUACUUGA